CUCCAGCCUCUCAUUUGGCUUUGAGAUACUCAGAAGCUGCUUGUCUUUACAGAAACGUGGGCUCACUCUACUUCUGCCUUUCUUUUCUCACUGGAUUUCUUAUGGUUUUGUGCGGAUUUAUGAUGGAGAAUUAAAAUGGUGAGGAAGAAAAAACUGCUGGUGUUCGAAGUUUGUGGAAGCAUGAUGUGGGAUGGAUAAACAACAACGAAACUCUACUAUGGCCUCUAAUGACCCUGACCUUCCUGACCCCUCGGGUGACCCCCAGCCUGGUGACCUCAUUGAGAUCUUCAGACCUGCCUAUCAACACUGGGCCCUUUACCUGGGAGAUGGCUACAUCAUCAAUUUGACUCCUGUCGAUGAGAGCCAGGCAGCUGCCAUGUCCAGCGUAAAGUCUGUCUUCAGCAGGAAAGCAGUGGUGCGCAUGCAGCUGCUGAAGGAGGUGGUGGGAAGCGACUCCUACCGCGUCAACAACAAGUAUGACCAUAACCACACACCCCUGCCCAUCUGCGAAAUCAUCCAGCGAGCACAAGUCCUCAUUGGCCAGGAGGUGUCCUAUGACCUGCUGGGGAGCAACUGCGAGCACUUCGUGACCCUCCUGCGCUAUGGAGAGGGGGUGUCCGAGCAGGCUACAAGGGCCAUUGGGGCCAUCAGUUUGGUGACGGCAGCAGCCAGCGCCUUCUCUGUCCUGGGACUCAUCAACACACGAUCCAGAAACAGGCCUUUCUGACAGCUGUAUUCUUCACUGACGAGUGUUUUCCCCAACAUUCAUGCGGCUGUGAUCAGUCAGUUA